AUGAAAAGCCAGAUCACCAAUGCCUUUGCUGACUUCUUCUGUGAGUAUGAGACCCCUCGCCAGGUGUUGGUCAGGAACAGCAGGGUGGGAGUGGUGUGCCGUCUGAUCCAGCUGGGGGUCCUGGCUUACAUCAUUGGAUGGGUUUUCAUCUACGAGAAAGGCUACCAGUCCACGGACACGGCAGUCAGCUCCGUCUUCACCAAAAUGAAAGGUGUGGGCUACACCAGUGUGAAUGGAUCUGAGAGAAUCUGGGAUGUGGCUGACUACGUCUUCCCACCACAGGGGGACUCAUCCUUUGUGGUGAUGACAAACUACAUCAUAACUGAAGGUCAGACUCUGGGAAAAUGUCCAGAGCUCAAAGGCAAGAACAACUGCAGCUCGGACGCCGACUGUGAAGGAGGGAAUUUGAAACGUACGGGACAUGGGCAAAUGACAGGAGUCUGUGUGAACACCACAAAGACCUGUGAGGUGUUGGCUUGGUGCCCUGUUGAGGAUGAUCACGUUAUACCAAAUCCUCCUCUGUUGAUGUCUGCCGAAAACUACACUCUGUUCAUCAAAAACUCUGUAACCUUCCCCUUAUUUGAUGUCACAAGGAGUAACCUGGUGGACGGCAUUGACGGUGCAUACAUCAGCAAAUGCUUGUUUGAUCCGAAGGAUGCUCCACUGUGUCCAAUAUUCAAACUGGGAGACAUAGUUAGACUGUCUGGUUUUGAUUUUGAAACAAUUGCCAGAGUGGGAGGGGCCAUUGGUAUUGUGGUCGACUGGACAUGUAACUUUGAUGCGGCUGAAAGACACUGUAAACCAGAGUACAAGUUCCAUGGUCUGUAUGGAAACCCUCAGGAGAAAGACAAAACCAGAGCAUCGGUGGGCUACAACUUCAGGUAUGCAAAGCAUUAUAUUGAGGACAAAAUUCAGAAAAGAACCCUUCUCAAAGUCUUUGGGAUCAGAUUGGAUAUCAUUGUGCAGUCCCUGGCAAGAAAGUUUGAUAUCAUCCCGACACUGACGGCUAUAGGCUCUGGAGUGGGCAUUUUUGGAGUGGCCACUGUCGUAUGUGACUUGAUGCUGCUCUAUCUGCUGCCUAAAAGAGAGUUUUACAAGAACAUGAAAUUUAAACAUACAGAUUCACAUGUACCGCAGGACAGUGAGUUGCUUGAUUUAGACACAAGCGUCUAUUCCACCCUUGAAGCAAAUGCAAGACCAAUCCAACGUGCAUAGAGGUCAAGACAGUAGAGUAGGUGCUUCUUUUCUUUGUGAUGAUGAUGAGAAUCCUGAUUUAUCUGAGACGUCUCUACGGCUCCUGUCCUGUGUUGCUUUUAUUCACAGGAACCUGACUCAGAGGCCGGUAGCAUAGAGACAGAUGUUUCUAAAAAGUGACCUAGGGGGCCAAUGUUCAUGCCAGUUGCCAUGCUGGAACCCUGCCCUAGACUGUGCAAGACAACACACACACACAUUCCCAAAUGGACUUGAACCGAGAAGGAAAAAGUCAAAAGACAUGGAUACACAGGCCCUUGAUUUCUUGCAGAUCUCCUGCAGAACCUCUUUUCAACAUCCUCCCACUCUUAAAGCCAUCCUGAGAGAAUAAGACUCUCGCUGUCGGUGGCGUAGCUCAGCUUUAUGUGUACUUUAUUGGGUGUAGCUUGGUUUGCUUCUGUUCACACACUGGGUGUAACCUGCACCUUCCUUACUGUUUUCCACAUCCGCACUGGUGGUGGAACACCUCCUGGCACGCUGCAGUGAUCCUGUGUGUCUACACAUCAACAUCAUCGUUACUCAUCCUCGGCCUACGCGACUGUCUCUGUCACAGCAGGACACGCACGUGAUGGGUGGACGUGCCACCGUCAGAGUGACUCAUCCCUUCCCAAGUGAAUUCAA